GAAUCAAACUUGAAAAUGAGGAUGAAACAGAUACUACAGGAUUUCCAGAUCUAAAGAUGGUAUGCACAUUCGCCAAACUGGAAAAAUGGGUGUCUACACCAGAAAUCAGCCAAAAGCUCAUCAGUGACCUGGAGAGAAAACUUGACAAAAAUGGCAUGGCAGAUUUGAAAAAGAGAUUAAAGGACAAAGAACCAAAAGCUGUUUUAAGCUUCAGUGUUCACAAUAUUGAUGAGAUCAGGAGAAAUAGGGAGCUUGAAAAAUAUCUCAAUACAACAAAGGCCACAGCAGUUCCUAAACUGACAUAUGGCAUGUUUUUUAAGAAACAUUGUUCUGUUUCAUCAGAAAAUAAAAAUCAAAGCUGCGGUGAUUAUGUAGAUUUAAGCAGCCAUGAUUAUGUGGCUGUGGACAUGCAGGAUACAUAUACUGAUAAAGAACAAUGUCAAAGAUCAAAUGUUUCAGUGCAUGAAGAAACGACAAUGCACCAAAAUAAACAAAUCACCAAAAACCAAACACCAAUCGAUGACAGAUGUGGAAUCACAAACAUGAAGGAAAUCACAAAAAAAGGAGCACCAAUUGAAGAUGGAUAUGGAGGCAUAAACAUGAAUAUGUACAUUAAUAGAAAUGAGGAACUCCAAAAAUCAAAUUUCUGCAAAAAUGGCAAAAAAGAAACACCACUAAAAGAUAAAAUUGGAAACAUAUUUAUGCAAGAAAUAGAUGAGGAAUCUAAGAAAUCAAAUACCCCAUUAAAUCAAAAUGUAUUGAUGCACCAAAAUGAGAAAAACACCUGUAAAGAAACACCAUUAGAAGAUGGACUUGGAAGCACAGAUAUAAAAGAUGCAGAUAUUAAAGAGAUUAAUGAUAAACCUCAAAUAUCAAAUGCCCCUGAUGUUCCACCACAUAAAGGUAUGUAUCUGUGGCAAAAUGAGUCAACCACUAAAAUAGAAACACCCCUAGAAGAUAACCUUGGAAGCGCAGUCAUACCGGAUAAGAACCCUUAUGAGGCAGAUGAUAAACCUGAAGGAUCAAGUGUCCCAUGGGAUGAAAAUGAAUUGCUCUACCAAAAUAAGCAAAUCAACAGUAAAGAAGCACCAUUAAGCAUUGGUUAUAUAAAUGAGAAACCACAAGGAGUAUGUUUUCCAAAUGUCCCAAGGCAUGAAGAUGAAUCUUUCGACAAAAAUGUGAAAUUGACCAAAAAAGAAACACCUCUAGAAAAUACACUGGAAAGCAACAUCAUGCAGAACGCACAUAUUGAGAAGAUGGAUCAACCACAAAAAUCUGAUUUUCAAAAUGUUUGGAAGCAGGAAUAUAUAUCUUCGCACAAAAAUGAACAAAUCAUCAGAAGUGAAAUACAACAACAAGACAGGGUUGAAAGUAUAAACUUGCAGGAUACACGCAUUGAUGAGACAAAUGAUGAAUCUAAAAAUUCAAUUGUGGCAAAGAAUGAAGAUGUAUUUGAUCAAAAUGAGCAAAUCACCAGUAAAAAAACACCAUUAGAAGAUGGACAGAAAAACACAGAUACGCAGGAUGCAGAUAUUGAGGAGAUGAAUAAUGAACCUCAAAGAACAGAUGUGCCUCAUGUUAUACCAGAUAGAAGUAUAUAUAUGUGCCAAAAUGAGCCAAUCACCAAAAUAAAAACAUCAGUAGAAAAAAUAAACAAAUCCGAUAUUCAACCACCAUAUACAACCACAGACAUGGAGGAAAUGCACAUGGAUGAGAUGGAUGUGCAGUCUCAAAGAUCUAAUAUUUCCGUGCAUGAAGAUGUGGCAAUGCACCACAAUAAGUCAUCCACCAAAAACAAAACACCACUAGAAGAUAAACUUGGAAUCAACGUCAUGAAAGAUACACACAUUGUUGAGACACGUAAUGAACCUAAAACAUCAAGUGUCCCAAGGAGGGAAGAUGAAUUGCUAUAUGGAAAUGAUAAAAUCACAAGUAAGGAAGCACUAUUAAAAGAUAAGCUUGAAAGCAUGGAUGUGCAAGAUAUAGAUGAAAAACCACAAGGAGUAUGUUUUUCGAAUUUCCCAAGCCAUGAAGAUGUAUCUUUAGACAAAAAUGUGAAAUUAACCAAAAAAGAAAGACCACUAGAAAAUAUACAGGUAAGCAGGAACAUGCAGAAUACACACACUGAGAAGAUGGAUGAUGAACCACAAAAAUCAAAUGUUUCAAAUGUUUGGAAACACGAAUAUAUAUCUGUGCAAAGAAAUGAGCAAAUAAUAAAAAAAGAAAAACAAGAAACACAGGAGGCAAAUACAAGAUUGAAUGUCCCAAUGAGAGAAUACGUAAUGCUGAAUGACAAUGAGCAAAUCACCAUUAAGGAAGCAACUUUAGAAGAUGGACUUGAAAGCACAGAUAUGCAGGAUGCAGACAUUGGGCAGAUGAGUGACAAACCACAAAAAUCAAAUGUCCCUUAUGUACCAACAUACAGCACUUCAGAGCCAAUUAUCAGAACAGAAACACCAGUAGAAAACAGACCUACAAGCAAAGACAUUGAUGUGCAGUCCCAAAGAUCUAAUGUUUCAAUGCAUGACGAUGUGGCAAUGCACCGCAAUGAGUCACCUGCCAAAAGCAAAUCACCACUAGAAGAUAAACUUGGAAGCACAGUCAUGAAAGAAACACACAUUGAUGAGAUAGAUGAAAAACCUAAAACAUCAAGCGUUCCAAGGAAGGAGGAUGGGUUGCUGUAUGAAAAUGAGCAAAUCACCAGUAAGGAGGCACAAUUAGAAAACGAGUUUGAAAGCAUGGAUGUGCAAGAUAUAAAUGAGAAACCACAAAGUGUAUGUUUUCCAAAUGUCCCAAGGCAUGAAGAUGUAUCUUUGGACAAAAAUGAGACAUUCUCCAAAAAACAUCCACCACUAGAAAGUACACUGGGAAGCAGGAACAUGAAGGAUGCACACAUUGAUGAGAUAAACGAUAUAGAGAAGGAACCUCAAAGAUCAAAUGUUGCUAACAUCUCAAGCCAUGGAGAUAUAUAUCUGUGUCAAAAUUACCAAUUUACCCACAAAUUUACACCAGUAGUAGAUGAAAGUGGAAGUAUAGACAAGAAGGAAAUGCUGAUUGAUAAGAUGGAUGAGAAGCCUUUAAGAUCAAAUGUUCCAAUGUUUACUGCAUGUCUGCCCCAAACUGAGUCAAUCAUCAACUCCAAAAUGCCACUACCGGACAGGUGUGAGAACGUGAACAUGCAGCCAAGUAAACCAGCUGUUACGCUGGUAAACCCUGAGCCUCGUUCUUCAAAGCCCCUGCAGCAGAACAAUCCAGGUCCAGCACUGGAGAAUACACAAAGAAUUGAUACAGAGAUCUGGGCAGAAAAUAGGGACAAAGCCUUGCAAGCUCGAAACAAUGAUUUGAAAGCUCAGAAUGAUGCUAUGGGAAAAAGGGGAAAUUUAAAACAACAGAGGGAACAGAAGAGAAAAGAAAGGGAUGGACUGAUUUAUAACUGGGCAAAGAGCCAAUGCAAUGACCAUGAAAAAAUAGAAAACAUACUCGACAAGAUUUCCAUCAUAAACAUGGCAGAACACAAUGAAUAUCCAUGCUUCACUGCUGAAAAUGUCAUGGUGUAUAAGUACUUAACUCCUGAAAGCAAAAUUCUCUUUACCACUGAUAACAGUACCUCCCCCAACACUAUGACCAUGGUCCACUAUCAAAUGUUUGUGUGCGACAUUAAGAAAGCAGUAAUCCUAUGUCCUGAGGAAACCAACGAAGUGAAAUAUGAUGAAUCAUUAGUGCCCAUAACAAAGUGUAAAAACUUUAUAUUCCAAGCGUUCGCUCCUGCUCUUGUAGUGUACAAAACAAUUCAGAAAGAAAAACAUUUGUGCUCUUUAUCUGAGUGUAGUCAAAAGUUUUAAAACUCCCCAAACGCUUUGUGGGAUUAUAUUCUAUUUUUCCAUUCCAAGAUCAUUUCUGUUUUAUGUAAUUUCUAUUUCUUGGUUAUCUUACUGCUGGUAUAGCCGCGGUAUUUUUAUGCAUACCCAGAAAAAAAUUAUAACAAACUGUAAUGUUUUACUAAUAGUCAGACUCAACUGUUGAACAUUUAUACUUUUGUACUGGUUCUACAUCCGUCUUUGGAAUAUAUAUGCAGCAUAAUUCAUUGAAAAAUUCAAUGUCGGCUAUAAAAGGAGGUCAAUAGAAUACUCAUUGCACAACAGCCCACCACACACAGGGUCCAACAGCUGAAGGUCACCAACCCGGCCUCCAAAUGUUUUAGAUCCCAAUCUGAUUGAGCCCCAAUGGAUACCCACAAGAUUCUGUGAACCACAAGACCCGUUGGUAACAUCCUGUUGCCCGACACCACACCCCCAGUGACCCUGCUAACGGGUCAGAGUCGCCCUGGAGGCACAAGGGGAACCUACCCAAUACUGGGCAUAAUGUUACAAUACUCUGUAAUGCUAUGGCUGAUUGGUAUAUA